AUGACUGCCAGAGCUCAAGGCAUCCGAAGCAGCUCUAGGGGCUUCAGCAGCGGAUCAGCAGUGGUGGGAGGGGGCAGGCGGGUUGCCUUCAGUUCUGCUUCCAUCUCUGGGGGUGGAGGCCGCUGCUCCCCUUCUGGAGGCUUUGGCAGCAGGAGUCUUUAUAACUUUGGAAAGAACAGAAGCAUCAGCAUAGCAGGGGGCCGGCAAGGGGCUGGUUGUGGAUUCAGUGCUGGAGGCUUUGGUGCUGGAGGCUUUGGUGCCGGAGGCUUUGGUGCUGGAGGUUUUGGUGCUGGAGGCUUUGGUGGAGGAUUUGGUGGGGCAUUCAGUGGCCAAGGGGGAUCCAGCUUCCCUGUGUGCCCUGCUGGUGGGAUCCAAGAGGUGACCAUUAACCAGAGCCUGCUGACCCCACUCCACCUGGAGAUUGACCCAGAGAUCCAGAAGGUGCGGACAGAGGAGAGGGAGCAGAUCAAGACCCUCAACAACAAGUUUGCCUCCUUCAUCGACAAGGUGAGGUUCCUGGAGCAGCAGAACAAAGUUUUAGAGACCAAGUGGAAUCUCCUACAACAGCAGACAACUACUACGUCUAGCAAAAACCUAGAUCCUUAUUUUGAGGCCUAUCUCAGCUGCUUGAGGAAGAAGCUGGAUGGCUUGCUCAAUGACAAGAGUCGCCUACAGUCUGAACUGAAGUCUAUGCAGGACAGUGUGGAAGACUUCAAGAGCAAAUAUGAAGAAGAGAUCAACAAGCGUACAGCUGCUGAGAAUGACUUUGUGGUCCUCAAGAAGGAUGUAGAUGCUGCCUACAUGGUCAAAGUGGAACUGCAGGCCAAGGUGGAUGCCCAAAAUGAUGAGAUCAACUUCUUGAGGGCCCUUUAUGAAUUGGAAUUGUCCCAGAUGCAGACUCAUGUCAGUGACACCUCUGUGGUCCUCUCCAUGGACAACAACCGAUCUUUGGACCUGAACAGCAUCAUCAAUGAGGUCCAACUACAGUAUGAGGACAUCAUCCAGAAGAGCAAGGCAGAGGCUCAAAAUCUGUACCAGAUCAAGGUCCAGCAGCUUCAGAAUUCUGUUGACCUGCAUGGUGAUAAUCUGAAGAACACCAAGAGUGAGAUCUCUGAGAUCAACAGGAUGAUUCAGAGGCUUCGAGCUGAGAUUGAGAACGUCAAGAAGCAGUGCCAAACUCUUCAGACAUCAGUGGCUGAUGCUGAACAGCGUGGGGAACUGGCCCUGAAGGAUGCUCUCAACAAACAGACUGAGCUGGAGAGUGCCCUGAGGAAGGCCAAAGAGGAGCUGAACCGGCUGUUGAGAGACUAUCAAGAGCUGAUGAACAUCAAGCUGGCCCUGGACCUUGAGAUUGCCACUUAUAGGAAACUGCUGGAAGGAGAAGAGUGCAGAAUGUCUGGAGAAUGCCAGAGUGCUAUAAGCAUCUCUGUGGUUGGUGGCAGCGUCAGCUCUGGAGCCAUAGGAGGAGGCUUUGGAGGCCAUUCUGGGCUUGGGCUGGGUAGUGGUUUGGGCAGCGGUUUAGGAGGUGGUUUAAGUGGUGGUUUAGGCAGCGGAAGUGGCUUUGGGAUUAGCGGUGGCAGUUCCAGCACCAAGAUCAUCUCCUCCAGCAGCCUAUCCAAGAGGAGUGGCCGAUAG